CGGACAGGCAGUGAGGCACAGAGAGGUAGCGGACAGGCAUGGGCUCCCGUUACAAUGCUGUCGUAUAGCGUACUCGGAUGAAACCUAGCGCAUUAUUCGCCUCAACUAGGACCAUACUAGGCUGUCACCGUAAAGCCAGACAUUUUGGUAAAGCGUCACUGUUGGACAAAGAAAUCGGGACCGUCCAGGAAAGGAAGAAACGAUCAUGUAGGCAAUCCAGACGUCCGACUUGAGUCAUGCAGGGCUCUGAGGCAGUGGAGGACUGCGUACAGGGGGCCCUGGCCUCCCUCUAUCCUCCAUUUGAGAGCACGGCUCCCCCUCUUCUCUCUCAGGUGUUUUCAGUGCUGGAGUCAACCUACCAGCAUGACAGCCUGAGAUACCUCUUGGACUUCUUCGUCCCAGCCAAGCACCUUCUGCACAGACUGCAACAGCAUGCAUGUUCCCAGUACCUGGGCUGCCUGUUCCUGCACUCCGGCUGGCCCCUCUGCCUUGGCGAGAAGGUUGUGGUGCAACUCUCCACACUGGACUGGAGGCUCUUGCGCCCCACCGACUUCUACCUGCAGGUGGUGCCCUUCUCCACACGUUGCCCACGUCUGGCCCUCAAGUGCCUGGCGCCCGGCGGGCGCAACGUGCAAGAAGUGCUGGUGCCCGAGUCUCAACACCCUCUAGUCUUCACCACCGAGUGGCUACACAGCGUCAACAAGGAGCGAGGCUGCAAGAGAGAAGGUGGUGCGGGAGUGUUGGACACCUGUCUCGUCAGCACAGGCGACGGCGUCCUGCGCCUGCCCUGGGUGGAGGUGGUGUACCCCAAGUUCGUCUACAACCCCCAGGAGGAGGGAGGCGAGCUGGGGGACCUGGCCCUGGGGGACCCCAGCAACCCCGACAGCCCCGGCCAGCUCUCCUCCUCCACCACCAACCCAGCGAUGAGGGCAGGCCGGGGGAGUAGCAGCAGCGGAGGAGGAGGAGGAGGAGGAGGAGGUGGCAGUGGUGGUGGUGGUGUUGGAGGCUGGGGAUCUUCGUCAGGCGAACUAGACUCCUGGUCGUGGGACGAGGAGGACGACGAUGAUGAUGAUGGGAACGAUCCCGAUGGAACUGAGGCCGAGGCAGCUCUGGCCCUGGUGCGGCGUAGAGCCAGCGAGGAGGCCAUAAGGCGGUACGGUCUGUCGUCGGCUGCUGCGAGGAGUGGAGGAGCGCCACCCGGGGAGAGGGAGGGGGACUACGUGGAGCUGCUGGAGCCUCGAGGCGGGCCGGAUGGUGGGGCCGACCCCACGCAUCAUCAUCCAAAUCAUCAUCAUCAUCCACAGCAACAACAGCCGCAGCGGUACCUGGAGAUGCAUGGCAUCAGCAAGACCAAGACACUGCCACUUUGCCGACGCUCCAAGGCCGUCAAGUUACGGAAAGGCAAGCCGUGGGUGUUUGGAAAGACCGAUCUCUGGGGCAGCUCUGGGUCUGGGGCACGCCCAGGAGCAGUGGCUACCAGGAGAGACAGUGGCGGCAGCCAGGCUGGAAGGGACUGGCUGCAGUCUCGGCCCAUGCCCAGAGUCAUCGACCUAGGCCGGGAGAGGCGCAACCACCCAGCAGCACAGAACUUGGAUGUGGAGGAACGCUAUGUGGAAGACCCAACGGGCCUUGAGAGCCGGGGACUUUAUUUGGAAGGCCGGGCCAAGGAGAGGAGGCCCGGCGUGGGCCGGGAGAGGGAGGGAGCUGCUUGCACUCUGCCCUGGGAGGAGAGCCAGAGGUGUAAAGGGUUGGCAAACGGCAGGGGAGGGGCAGAUUCCCAGAGGCAGGAUGAGGGGGAGGAGGGGAAAACGGAGGUGACCAAUCACAAAGGGGAACACAAGGGGGAGGACCAAUCAAAUUUGGAUCAAGCAUCCCAUUCCGACUCUGUGUUUGAGGACCCAGACAAAACGCCGGCCGACUCACUCAGCAGUGAGGACAGUCCUUCCACGCCAUUGGCCGAAACGCCAACAAGCCCGGUCUGUCCGGACAACCCAUUGGCCGACUGCUCGGCGAAGAAAGAAAACAGUGGCACCAGCCAAGCCACGGGUAGCAGUGGCGGCAGCUCUGAAUGCUGCGAUUCAGUGAGCAGGGAGACCCCAUCACAAACAGGAAAUUCCAAAGAGAACUCAAACUCGGAGAGAACACAUUCCCAACCUGGUACGGAAAAGGUCACGCAAGCGAGGUAUCGUGGGAAGUCGGAGGACAGGGUUUGCCCCAGAGGGAAGGAAGUGAAGUCAGGAGGGUUCAGAGCGCCCAGGAGGAAGAGGAAGGCCAAAGGGGGGAAAGGGAAGGCUAAGUCUGGUGGCCGAGGACACCAAAAAGGCAAGGAGCAGGCCACUCCGAAAAGCCAAAGCAAAGCCCCUCAGAAUGGCUGCGCUGUUGCUUCAACCAAUAAAGUGCCACUCAGUGAAGACAUCCAAUCAACUGAGCCAAAGCAGUCCUCAGGGCCAGACCAAGAGCCUUCUUCAACCAAUGAGAAUGGGGAGAAUGAGGAAAAGGCAACGGAGGAGACAAAAGAAAGUGCUAAAGGAGAUCAAGAAGUCAUAAAGGAAAGCCCUCCUAAUGAAGGGGACCAAAUAUGUGCAACCAAAAGUGACCACUCACCAGAAGUAGAGGCAUCAUCAACACCUCCUGACCAAUUAGAUGGUGAAACUCCCAAAGCCCCCCCUCUUCUCAGAGACUUGGAUCAGGAUUUGCUCCAAUCGGGGAAGCUUUUACUAACAGGUACGGUGGACAGGCUUGGCCGGGGUCUGGUUGUCACGGAGGCACACCUACCUGAGGAAGGAUACCGUGACGAGGAAAUGGCCCGAGUGCUGCACUGCUUCUAUCACAUCACACGGCCAGCUGCGAAGGAGAAAGGUUUGACAGUCAUUAUCGACAGCAGACAAGCCCCUCCUUCUGAACUCUGCCUCUCCACCCUCAAACUCUUUAAGGCUCAGGUGCCAGAGGCUCUGGGCUCGGUGCUGAUCCUGACAGAUGAGCAGCAGGAGUCCUCACAGCCAGCUCUGGAUGGAAUAGAGGUGCGCAUGGUGCGAGGCACAGGAGUCCUGCAGCAGUUUGUGGACAAGCAGCAGCUGACCAAUGAGAUGGAAGGGGACUUUCGUCAUAAUCACUCUGAUUGGCUGACCUUCCGACUGAGUUUGGAGAGGUUGACUGAGCGCUGUGAAAGCGCCCUCUCUCUUUUGGAAGAUGCACUGCAGUCUAUGGAGAAGGAGCCUCUGCCAGCCUGCAUCAAGACUGUCACCGCAAGUGUGGACAAGCACCGGCAGCUUAUGACGAGCGUCCUGGCUGACCAACGGCUGACUGAAUUGCAGUGCAGAGGAGGGGCAUGGCUCGCCGGGCUGUCUAAUGGGACAUCAGGACUGGCACAAAAGUCACCGGAUUGCAGGGCUGCCCUGGCGAUGACCUCCAAGCUGUAUGACAGUGUGGAUGAUGCGUUGCACCACCUUGUGCGUGUCUCCAACCAGAAAGGUCGUGACCUGGAAGCACUCGGGAGGCUGGCCGCCCUUGUAGACAAGCUGGACAAGUGUGAGAAGGAGAUAUUGAGUGUGCAGGAGCAGCUUGAGGACUUCAGAGAGCCGCCCCUCUCCCUCAGCAGUCUCUCUCUCAAGCAGCAGAAGUUCAAGACCUUCAGAGAGGCCGCCAUGGAGCUGAACCAGAACACGCUGGCUGUCUUGGGGGAAGUGGAGGGCUGGUCAGAGCUGGAGUGGGCGGGACUUCCUGCUGUGGUUGACCGGUUGCCCCCGGUGAAGGAGAAGCUGAGGGACAUGAGCCACUGCCUAUCAGACUGCUGGACACAACUGGACAACACGCAGAGGCUGCUGUCCACACUCACUGAGGCCUCCCAGUGGUGCGACGUGGUCUCCUCCUCUUCCCCCUCCUCCUCCAACUCAUCCUCCUCCUUGGCCUCCUCUUCCAGCUCCACCUCCACCUCCUCCCCGCUCUCCUCCCUGCCGCCCAUCCCGCCGUCUCGCUUCCAGGACGCCCGAGCCCUGGCCCUGGAGCUGGGUGGCGGGCCCCUGCUGGAGCUCUGGUCCCAGACCCUGGAGCGCUACCAGCUCACCCUGGCCCAGUUCAAGAGCCGUCUGCUGCAGGCCGAGAGAGGAGCAGGUGUUGGUGGGGGGAGGUUCGGGGGUCAGACGGGGGUCAGUGUGUGGGAGGCCCUUGGAGGCGGCGGAGGUGGAGGUGGAGGUGACGGAGAUAGUGAUAUUGCGGAGUGCUGGGGAGGAGGGGAGGGUGGUGGGGGGCUGCAGUCGUGGGGGUCCUUGGCCUCCCUUUUCCGGCCCCAGAACUGCUCCACGCUGAAGAUCGGAGGAGCGGAGGAGAAGAGAAAGGAUGGUGUGAUGGGAGGAGGAGGUGUAGGAGGAGGUGUUGGAGGAGGUGGAGGAGGAGGAGGUGGAGGAGGAGGGAAGUUCUUUCAGGCUCUGCGGAAUCCGGCCAAGAAGAGUCCCACAGAGGCUCCUCUACCUCCCAAGCCCCCUAGGAAGCGUCACCCCAGCUUCGACCUCCAGGCCCUCCUGGCUCCACGGCGCAACAACACCACCACGCCAACUCCAGUACCCACACCCGCACCCACCCCAGCCCCAGCUCCUACCCGACCAACAGAGCUCCCGGUCGGGCAGGCCAGUCGUAACUCUCCCCUGUCCUGGCUGGGUCGAAGAGGCUUGGCAGAUCCGGUGAUUACGGCAGGCCUGGCGGCUGCAGUGCCGGGGUGGAGAGAGAGGGAGCUGAGUGGAGGAGGGGGAGGCAUUGGAGGUAUUGGAGGAGGAGGUGGUGGUGGGGUUCUGAUCCGAGGCGUGGAGGUGAGCAGUAAGGAGGUGGCCGACCACACGGGGUUGUCACGGCAACACGUCCUGCUGAGUCGAGCAGAGAGGGAGACGGGAGGGGAGCGGCAGGGAACCACGGCACAGAGUAAACUGUACGUGCAGUGGUGUCGGCUGGUCAACUCGGAGCGUCAGUACGUGUCCACCCUGAGGGGCGUUGAGGAGCACUUCCUGCCCCAGCUGGAGGGCUCGGACGUCCCCACGGCCCUCAGGGGCCAGGGCCAGGCCCUCUUCUCCAACUGGAGCAGCCUGUGCGCCUUCCACACGCAGUCGCUCCUCCCCGCCAUGGAGGGCGCUCUCACGCAGACGCUGCAGCAGCAGGACUGCUUCAUCAAAUAUAAGGAGCAGUUUCUCCUCUACUCUCACUACAUUCACACUAAGCCCGAUCUGGACUCUCUCCUGGUCAGUCAGGCCACAGAGUUCUUCAAGCUGAAGCUGUCUAGUUUCUACCCCAACUCAGCGUUAGCGUUCCCCGGCUGCUUGCGGGCCCCUGUGCAGCGCUUAGAGCAGUACUGCGAGGCCCUGGAGGAGAUGAGAGGCCUGACGUCCAACCCCACCCCCGAGACCAGCUCCGCCCUCAACAUCCUACGCCACGCCCAGCAGCACGGCGAGGACCUCAGGGCCAGCGACCUCAUCACGGGCUGUCCGGUUCCCGUGGCGGACCGCGGGGAGCUGGUGCGUUUCGGGGAGCUGCUGGUGUGUGGGGGUCCGCGCAGGAGGAAGUCCGGCCUGAGGAGUGUCUUCCUCUAUCAGCACCAUCUCAUCUUCACCAAGCAGCGCACGCCAACACCCAACCGCACCACCUACAGCUUCAAGCACAGCAUCAAGACUGGUGAGAUGGGUCUGACCCAGAGCGUGGGGGAGGACGGUCUGAAGUUUGAGGUGUGGGUGCGGCAGGCUCCGCGCACCAGAGACUGCCUGACCCUGCAGGCCCACACCCCCGAGGGCCGGGCUUCCUGGGCACACGACGUGGCACAGCUCCUGUGGAGCCACGCCAUCAACAACACAGAGCUGUGCCUUAAGGAGACUCUGUGUGUGGGCGUGAGCAGUAAACUCCUGCUGGACUUCACCGGAGCUCCAGUCACAGAGAUGGACUCAACCUUCAGCCUGAACGACCGAGUCCAGAGUAGUUGUUCUGACUCCUCGUCAGUGGGCAGCCAGAAGGAGGGCGGCUCUCCCUCCUCCUCCAGGGACUCAAAGAGGAACUCGGGCCUCUCACAGAGUACAUCACCUUCCACUGCCGUCUAAUCAUCUCAACUUCAAAAAAAACUGGACUCAUCUACCAUACUACACAACCAGGGCCCGUUCACUCUUUUUCUGUUGUUGUUGGCGCUCCUUUUUUUUUGUUCUUCCCCUCUUUCACUGGAUGGAUACAACUGGAUGUGUAGGCAGAAGAAGACUGAACUGGAUGUGUAUGAGGAAGAGGAAGGAUGAUGACGAAGAAUGGACUGCAUGGACAUAAAGCGAAACCAUGAAAGAAAGCUUACAGUAGAGAUGUUACUGUAAUAGCUAGUUGGGCCGUCUUGGCUGGCUCGAUCAAUGGCGGUUGUUGACCAGGUGCUCAAUGAGAGAAGCUGCAACUGGCAAAAAACACAGUGCCUGGUCGGGAGAGAGUGUCACGUCACCGCGGGCCUUAACCGGGGCGGCCAUUUUGUUGACUCGUUCAACGGUGGUUCUUGACCAUUCACUGCGACUGGCAAAACGGAUGGAUGGCCUGGCCUUGAGAAAGCAUCACUGCAAGUCUUAACCACGGUGGACAGUUUGGCUCUGAUUUUUUCUUUCCACGCUGUGGCUUGCCUGGUUGCUGGUGCCCAGGUACACAAUGAUGAAAGUUGCAACUGGACGACAUGGUAUUGAGUGGGCAUUGGAUUGGAUGUCAAAACAACAGGCAAAAAUGGAUUGGCCUGGUCUGGAUUGAUGUGAUGAGAAGAAGAGAGAAUGUUAAGCUAUGGGUCAACUUAGGUGUAUGUGUGCAUAUCUUGUAAAGAUAGUUUUUAAUAUAGAAAUAUGUAUAUGUAUUGUUCCACAUUAGCAGUGGUAAGCUAUACCAUUAUAGUAUUUGUGUGUGUGUGUGUGUGUGUGUGUGUGUGUGUGUGUGUGUGUGUGUGUGUGUGUGUGUGUGUGUGUGUGUGUGUGUGUGUGUGUGUGUGUGUGUGUGUGUGUGUGUGUGUGUGUGUGCGUCUGCGUGUGCGUCUGCGUGUUUGCGUCUGCUUGUUUGUGUGUGCGUACAAGCGUGUGUGUAUGUCUAUGUGCGUGCGCGCAUGCUUGCAUGCAUGCACAUCUUUUGUUGUGUGCUUUGCGUGCCUGUGUGCUUGAGGAAAGAUUACGCUCAGAGUGUGACAAAAAUAACGACAGGGCCCCGUUGAUCAGAGGUGCGAGUUCCUUUCUUGUUUCUCUGUUGUGCCACCGUCAUCUCAGCUACAGUAUAGUGGGGGUGGGGCAUGAUCUCAGCUAUUGUAGAGACAGACGGGUGAGAAGGAAGGAGAAGGAGAAAGAGACACUCAACCCUCAGACACACACACAGGCCUCGAGAACACCUAACACCGCAAGUGCCAUACCAAAAACUUUUUUUUCCCCAUUCAGUGUUAUUCAUCAACACAAAGGCAUCCAUCUUCACUUGGAGGCAUACUGAUUCUACUGAAGUGCUUUACCAGAUCCUUUUUUUCAAUAAGCUUUUUAGCUACUGUACGCAACAUGCAGGCGGCAGUCUUCACUUUAAUGCAAGUGCCAAACUUUUUUUUCUGUCGGCUUUCUUUUCCUUUAAAAAGAUGGGUUUCUUAUUAUAUAAACAGAGUGUGUUCUAUAACAAUGCAAGAUUCUAAAAUUCCAAAAUGUUCUGUAUUGUAUUGCGCUCAGAAUUCUAUAGAACUUUCACUGUCCAAACAUUCCAGUCACAGGGGUGUGACAGCACACCUUUGAAGAUUAACAUACAUGGAGACAGCUAUCUUCACCUUAAGAAACACUGAUUCCGCAUAAGUGCCAUCCCAAAUUCUUUUUUCAGGCAUAGCAAAAUAAUCUUUACUUUAAAAACCAUGGUGAUUCAAUAACAUCACCAUAUCAGUGCCUUGUUCAGUGCCUUGUUCAUGUUAAUUGAACUAAGGGGAGCUACCUUCAUGUUAAUAUGUGCUGCUUCAACAUAAAGUGGCUCAAGUAAAAACUCUGAGUCGCUUUUUAUUAACCCAGGAACAGUAGGGUGUCUUUACUCUAACUUCAAUGCAGUUUCAACACAAGUGCCUUAUUACAAGCUUUAACACAAACUAAAGUUUACAUGGUUUACAAACUGCUAACCCACAUAGGUGUGGUAUACCACAGGAAACUUGGCAGAAUACAAUCACAGUACAAUAAUAUAACCAUGUCUAACUACCACAUACAGUAUGUAUCUUUGACAUAGUUUAUAUAUAUGUCAAGCAAGACCUCUGGCACAUCAUCAUAUCUGGAAAUAGACAUAGAUAAUUAGUAAUCAUAUAUUUCAAAAAGAUGUGUCCCCAUUCGAUUUGGAUGGAUUUAAUGGUCUGAUUAUGUUGACGACUGCUCUGAGGGGUGAGCACAUGUGUGUGCAAAGGGAUUGAGAGAGAGAGAGAGGGAGAGGGAGAGAGAGAGAGAGAGAGAAGCGUUACAAUCCAAAAGACCUAAAGAUAAAACACAGUGGAAGUGAACAGUUAAAGGUUGAUAGUGGAAGAAAUUGUGAAACGUGUCAGCUGAAGCAAGUGCACAUUGGAAACAGCCUUCCCUACAGGCGCAUGGUGAAUGAAAGAAAGAUGAAUAGAUGCCAAGCAUGAUUAGAUAGUAUCUUUUAUCCUCGUCACCCAAAGACACUUUCCUUUUCCACUACUCCAAAUGGGCAGAACUCAGACCAUCCUUAGCGAGCCCUUUUUUGAGGGGGUGGGUGGUGGGUGAGAGGAAUGGGUAGAGGUGUGUGUGUGUGUGUGUGUGUGUGUGUGUGUGUGUGUGUG